UAUAUAGAUAAGGUAAAGCAACCUUUCAGAUAUGUCGUAUUUAUAAAGUGAAAAUGAGAAUUUCCAAGAAAAGUACCUCCUACUUUGACAUCCUUCUCUACUGCUAUAGACACCGAUGUCUCUUAUACAAGUAUUUAUUGUGCUUAUUUGUAAAAGUCUAUGAUGAUGGAUCACUAAUAACAACUCUGUAUUUAUAUACAUUUAUAUAUAUAAUCAAUAAGUACUUUAAAAAUGUUUUACUUGUUACUUCUCCAGUACUUGGUACUGUUAGCAGAGACUGGUGCUACUGAAUCUCCGUAUGAAAUAUUCAGGAAUGAUGUUGAAAAUAUUGUCGUCACCAUGAACUCUCCCCAAGAAUACUGGCAUGUAACAUGUAGUUCUUCUGUGUACAAUAAGACAUGGUCACUUAGUGAACCAUUUUUUAAAAAUGACUCUCAUUAUGAAUUUGAAACCCAUGGAAAAAUGUAUUUUUGCCUCAAUUUAACAUUCUCCAAAAAUGAAAUUCUGAAUGAAAUCAAAUGCUACCAUAAAUAUAAUAUACCGCUUCGGCUUCGUCCUCUCUACGACUUCCAGAUUUCAUCUUCAGAAACAGCUGACCCUUAUAAAGCAUCACUAAAGCUGAAAGUAAUCCCAUCUUCUGUGGUAAUAGCGAAUGUGCAUCGCACAGUGUACAGAGUUAGGUAUCAGUCUGAUAGGGAAACCGAAUCACCGUGGAAGGUAAUAUCAAGUACUGCAAAACACUUUGCUUUAGACGACUUAACACCAUUCACUAACUACACUUUCAUAGCAGAUGCCAGGCCAUCUUUGGAAAAUGCCUUUUGGACUAAACCAAUAGAAAAAUAUUGGAGAACAGAAACUGCCAUUCCUUAUCCAGUCGAGACAUCUUAUUUUCGAUAUUACGAAUGGAGUUGUCCCCAAUCAACAAACCGAAGAUGUAUCACAGUAUACUGGCAGAGUUUACCUAUGGAAUUCAGGAAUGAUAUUCUAACAGGAUACUGUGUCCAAUACAUUGAUGGAAGUUCAACUAAUAACACUAAACAAUGCCUGGAUCCAAACAAUUUAAUAGUUGACUCUUUAUUUAAAGAGUUUCAAGAUCUUCCAAGGAACGAAACGCUUACAUUUUCCAUUGUGGCAGUAACCGAAAGUAAAAGAAUGUCGCAACCUGCAUUUAUACAAGUGAAAAACACAGCCCCAAGGAAGCCUACAGCAGUUUACGUGACAAAAAUAAGUGACAAAAUGUAUAAUGUGUCUUGGUUACUUGAACAGCCUCAGGAAGCUGUUAAUGUAACUGUGUUUUGGUGCCUGUAUAAGAUUACCUAUUCUGAUUUUGAAUGCAGCGAUGAAGGUGAAUGGAUUACAGUUGCAAAUGAAAGCUAUGUAUUGGUAAAUUACAGUUUAGAACAACUGCCUGUUUUUGCUGCCCAUGUUAGCACAGAAGAAGGGAGAAGUUCUUUAACAAAAGCAGAAUGUAUAUUCAUGCCUAAAAAAUCCACAAAACCUCGGAAACCUCAUAUUAAUUGGUUAGAAACUAAGUUUUCUCUUACAUGGCCUACACUGCAAUGUUCUGACUGGAAUGAUAUACCCAUUGCUUAUGUGCUGCAUUAUGCAGAGGGUAAGAGUUGUGAAAAUGGCAAGGGGAAAGAAUUUCCAGUGAAUGGGACAAAAGCAGUUGAAAAUGAUGUUGUCAUCAAUGGCCUAUCAUCAAACACAGAAUAUUCAGUAUGUAUACAACUGAAGACAAAGGAUGGACUAAGUCUAAUGAGUGACCCCACAAUAGGAAUGAUUAAAGACACAGAUUCGAGUGAGAUUUACCUAUAUUUGUUCAUGUUGUUGGUGACAGUUCUGUUCAUUAUAUCAGCCUUGUUUACAUGUAUUAGGAGCCACUGCAAGUAUGCUACAGCAAUUAAAGUUGCCACAAUAGACAGGGUUCCCAGUUACACUGAUCUGGACCACGAUUAUGAAAAAAUUCAAGAUGAUGAAAAUCAGUUAAUGGAUGAUAGUAAAUACACGUUUUUUCAAACUGGUGAAUCAGGUUAUUAUAGUUCCUACAAUUCAUCAGGGACUGAAAAAUCACUUUUUCCAAGUGAAGAAUUUUUAAAGUCAGCAAUACAUUUUCCUGAUUAUUUACAAGUUAAUGAACUGACAGGAAAACUUCUGGACAAAUCAAAAGAUGCUGAGAAUAUCAACGUUAAAACUGCUUCUCUAUGUAAUAAAACAGAUGAUAUUGAAAAUGUUUCCUAUGAGACAGGCUAUAUUGAUGAACCAGGAGAUUAUAGUCGAUUAUGUAGGUCUCCUGGGUCAGUCCCCACAUGUGUAGAUGGUAACAUGGAGGAAAAUGUCUCCUGUAGAACAGAUUAUGUUGACGAACCCAAUAGUUCUUUCAGUGAACUUUCAUCUAUGUCAGUCCCCACAUGUGUAGAUGGUAACAUGGAGGAAAAUGUCUCCUGUAGAACAGAUUAUGUUGACGAACCCAAUAGUUCUUUCAGUGAACUUUCAUCUAUGUCAGUCCCCACAUGUGUAGAUGGUAACAUGAAGGAAAAUGUCUCCUGUAGAACAGAUUAUGUUGACGAACCCAAUAGUUCUUUCAGUGAACUUUCAUCUAUGUCAGUCCCCACAUGUGUAGAUGGUAACAUGGAGGAAAAUGUCUCCUGUAGAACAGAUUAUGUUGACGAACCCAAUAGUUCUUUCAGUGAACUUUCAUCUAUGUCAGUCCCCACAUGUGUAGAUGGUUAACAUGGAGGAAAAUGUCUCUGUAGAACAGAUUAUGUUGACGAACCCAAUAGUUCUUUCAGUGAACUUUCAUCUAUGUCAGUCCCCACAUGUGUAGAUGGUAACAUGAAGGAAAAUGUCUCCUGUAGAACAGAUUAUGUUGACGAACCCAAUAGUUCUUUCAGUGAACUUUCAUCUAUGUCAGUCCCCACAUGUGUGGAUGGUAACAUGAAGGAAAAUGUCUCCUAUAGAACAGACUAUGUUGAUGAACCUGAUAGUUCUUUCAGUGAACUUUCAUCUAUGCCAGUCCCCACAUGUGUGGAUGGUAACAUGAAGGAAAAUGUCUCCUAUAGAACAGACUAUGUUGAUGAACCUGAUAGUUCUUUCAGUGAACUUUCAUCUAUGCCAGUCCCCACAUGUGAGGAUGAUAACAUGGAGGAAAAUGUCUCCUGUAGAACAGAUUAUGUUGAUGAACCAGAUUGUUCUUUUAGUGUGAAUGGUAACUUGAUGAAUAUUGUUUCCAGUAGCCCAGAUUAUGUUGAUGAACCAAAUGGUCUAGCCAAACUUGUACCUAAUCCUAUUCCUCCAUAUAAAAAUACGAACAGUAACAGGAGUAUCACAGAUUAUAUAACCUCUGAACCAGAUUAUAUUUCGGGAAUCCCCGAAGAAAGCACUAACUCUUAUAAAAGUAAACCUUUGAAGGGACAAAUUUUACAAACUGAAAAUAAAGAAAGCAAUCAUAUAGAUACUUCAAAGUUCAAUGGUAGAACAGUCGAAGAAAAUGUAAAAGUGAAUUGUAAUGAUGGUUAUGUACCACAUGAACACGUAGAGGCUAUGGACUCCUCAUUAGAUGAGGUUCAAGACAAAAAUAUUCAAAACGAAAGACAAGGAUUAUCUCAAAAUCCAACAAGAUCUUGUAAUCUUGUAAAUGCUAAUGUUCAUAAACCAUCAGAUUCUUUGCAAAGGCUAGAUAAAAAAAUGGAUAAAUUACAAGACACAGAACAAACAACAGGGACAGUAGAUUAUGUCAAAACAGAAAGUUUUCUUGGAUAUGUUUCUAAUGAAAUUUCACAUUUCACAUAAAAAAGAACUUAGAUUUGAAUAUCUUCAAAAAAUUUUUUAACAGAUAGUUUGCAAUAGGGAAGGUAUUUGCGUGUAAAAAUCACUUGCUUCAAUAUUGCAAUUUACACAAAAAAAUCAUUCCACUUAUGUCUGCUGACCAUCUUUGAUGACUAACAGAAGAGCAAAAAACACAAAAGCAAAUGAAACUAACCACAAAAAUGCACUUGUGAAUGAAGAAAACUUCUAAGCUCUUUAAAUAUUUAAACUUUUUUUUUUUUGUCUCUUUAAACAAACGCUUCUUGAGUCACCUUUUUGAAACAAUAUUUCAAUACCAAAAAUUUGUAUCUGCUCUUCUCAGCAAUUUAUUUUAAAAGUUGCUAAUAAAAACCAGCAUUAUUUUUUUUUUUUAAUGUCCUAUUUUGCAAGAAUUUGGGCUCUCACAGUGACUGCCAGACCUUCGAGAGUUGAGGGUCAACACUUAAAAUAUGCAUAAAAGGCAGUGACAAUGUUAUAUUGAAGUUGCAGGUGUUGUUUAAUCACUGCUUCUCCAAAGGCUUUCAUUCUUUUCUAUGCAGCAACACCCUGGUGUUAGAAGCAAACAAAGGAAUGGCUCUACCUCCAAAUCAUGUCCUCUACCCAAAUGUCCUAAUCUAGCAGACCUUCCGACUGACAUACCUGUGUGUGUUUAUAAAAUGCUUCUAUCCUAAACAAAUUUAGCUAAUUUCCUUUACCUUAAACCAUUUUCAAAUGAAACAAUAAGAAAUUUUAACUAAAAAGAAAAGAAAAAAAAAAUCAUAUCCAACAACAAAAGUGAAAGAUUUGAUGCUGCUGCUGCUGCUGCUGGUCAGGUAUUGAUAUUAAUUUUUUAAUCCCUUUCAGCACAGUCUGAAAUCAAUAAUUAAAAAGAUUUUAGAAUUUAUUAUCUUUUAUUCUAAGAUCAACUGAAUCUAUGGCCAUUUUUAAAAAUUGAACUAUGCACCAGACACAUUUGUCUAAUUCAGUGGUUUCCAACCAUUUUUUUUGUUAUUUGUCUGUAGACCGCUUUGAUUCCUAUUUCACUUGGAUGGACCCUGACAGCCUUUCAU